UAUAGCGCCCGCCUGCCGCUCCUGCCGCAGUAGCUUCUGCUCGGUAUCGCACCGCACUGCCUCGCCGGGGCUGAAUCAAAAUAAUACAGAUAGAGGGACAAAGUGAGAAGUUAACUAACAUCAUGAAGUUACUCAUCAUCUGCACAGUAACUCUGGCCACACUUGUCACACGACUAGAUUCUGCUUACACCAAGAAGUACUACAAGCUACCACAUAAACACAGAUGGGAACACAAGGAUUGCAACUGUUUAAAUGGAGGAACCUGCAUUACCUAUUACCUCUUUAGCCGGAUCAAUCGUUGUUUAUGCCCAGAAGGAUACAGUGGAAUUCACUGCGAAAUUGACACUGACAACAAAUGCUACAUGGAGAAUGGUGAGGACUACAGAGGAAUUGCAACAGAAAAGGAAUGUCUGCCAUGGGACCUUCCUUCAGUAAUCAGGAGGGGUAGCUACCACACUGACUUGAAGAAUGCCUUGCAACUUGGCCUAGGCAAGCACAAUUACUGCAGAAACCCCAAUGGAAGGAGCAGGCCCUGGUGUUACACCAAAAAGGGGUUCAGCAUUCAAGAAACUCCCUGCAAUAUACAGAAGUGUCACACACAAACUGAGCCCACUUGUGGUCAAAGGAGCUUCAGUAAGUACUUCAAGAUUGUUAGCGGAAGCCGUGCAGAGGUUGAGUCUCAGCCUUGGAUAGCUGGCAUCUUCCAAAACAUAAAGGGCAUCGACCAUUUUUUGUGUGGUGGCAGCCUCAUUGACCCUUGCUGGGUGCUUACAGCAGCACACUGUUUCCAUUCUCAGUCAAAAGACAAAUCAGCCUACAAAGUUUUCCUUGGAAAGUCCAUACUGAAUGCUACUGAUAAUAAAGAACAAGUGUUCAUGGUGGAUAACAUCAUCUCUCACCCUGACUUUACAGAUGAGACAGGUGGCAAUGAGAACGAUAUUGCUUUGAUAAGAAUAAAGACAACUUCUGGACAGUGUGCUGUAGAAACCAAAUAUGUCAGAAUGGUCUGCUUGCCAGAGAAGAACCUCUACCUACCAGACAAUACCCAGUGUGAAAUUUCUGGCUAUGGGAAACAGGAUUUUUAUGACAUUUACUAUGCUCAAAGACUGAUGUCAGCCAAUGUGAACUUAAUAUCACAGACAAAAUGCACACAUGAAUACUACGAUAAUAUCAGAGUUACUGACAACAUGGUCUGUGCUGGAGAUUCCACAUGGAAAACUGAUGCAUGCAAGGGAGAUUCUGGUGGCCCCAUGGUCUGCGAGCACAAUGGCAGGAUGACGCUUUAUGGGAUUGUCAGCUGGGGAGAUGGCUGUGCAAAGAAAAACAAGCCUGGCGUCUACACCAGAGUUACUCAGUACCUUAGCUGGAUUGAUUCCAUUAUGAAUGCAGUACAUACCAAAAGUCGUUCUCUCCCUGAAUCAAAAUGACCUUCUUUCCACAUAUGGAGUCAAAGUACUUGCACCAAACAAAUGAGAUUAAGCCUAUAUUGAUGCCAGGACACUGAAGUCCCAGAUGUCACUGAAGUUGAGUCACGUAUAUUCCUCACUAGAGGCUUUAAUCACAAAUGCUCACGUGGUCUGCCACUCAUUAGUGUUUCUGAUGCAGAGACAUAGUGACAUACUAUUUAACUACUCUGAAUUACCUGAAAACCACUCCGUGGGAAACUAAAAUAUUUAACAUUUAAAUGUGUAUUCCCAUGCACAAUACUAUACAUAUCAAGUUAUCUGCCUGCUUUAUUUAUGAACCAGUCUUUGGUCCAGAAGUAUUGGUAAAGUUUUAACUUAUUUAACUCAAAUGUACAUUUUUUUACAUAGACCCAGUGUAAAACUCUUCCUUCCCCACAUCACAUUGAAGAAUGCCAAGACUGAAGUCCUAGAAACCUAACCUGUUAAAACUGGUAUGGAGAGGGCAAUCAAGCCUUUUUGCACUAUGAAGUGAAAUAAAUUGCAUCAGCAUUAGUUAUCACUAAUGCACAAAGCAGGACUAAAGUCUAGCCUGAAGCAAUACUUGGCAUAUGGGGCUCAGUCCUGUAGUCCCAACCUAUAUGUAAAAUCUUAGGGAUAGCAACAGUAGCUGUAUCAGCGUAAAAACACUUAAUGCUUUCCACUUAAGGACUGUGACACAAAGAAGCAAAUAGUAUAUUUUUUUGACUGGACUUCCAGGUCACAUUUGAAGGUGUCUGGGUCCCUUUUGAAGUCUAAUCCUCUACAUGUAUGUAUGCACCUAGAAGAGGAUCUAAGUACUCAAAGGCUUUUUGUAAGUUCUAGUCAAUCAAUGCCUAUUGAAUACUGCAGAUAUCAAAUGUCAGAAAUAAUGUCCAUUCAUCUAGGUAACAUUGUAUGGAAGCUAC